AUGGAGAUCUAUCACAAGGAUGGCACGUUUCCGCGGUACUGUGAGGCGGUCCGGAAAUCGCUCGACGACAAUCGCUUCAACGAGUUCGCCCAGCUGACCAGCGACGAGGAGCGGUUCCGGUUUGUGAACGGACUGCGCAAGAUCGUGGACGAGCUGCAGCUAAAGCGGGAGUACAAUGGCAAGGGCAUGGAGCAGGCGACCGCACUGAAAACGCUGGGCAACAAGGCGUUCCAGGCGGAGCGGUGGAACGAUGCGCUCGUGUUCUACAACAAGUGCUACGUGUCUACGCCGAAGGAAAAUGUGCAAGAGAAAUCCAUCAUACUGGCUAACCGGAGUGCCGCUUUGUAUCAUCUGGAAAAGUAUGAUCUCGCCCUGAGGGACAUUCAGCGUGCCUUGGAUCACCAGUAUCCCAACCAGAUGAUGUACAAGCUGGUGGAACGGAAGGCCCGUUGCUUCUUGGCAAAGAAGGAAUAUGAAGCGGCACUAGAAUGUUUCAAAGCAACGGUAACGGCGCUGGACGAUUCGAACCUCCCGCUCGAGCGCCGACAAAAGCUGGAACGUGAUGCCCAGAUCAUGAUCAAUCUGCUGCCCAAAAACAUUGAGCUGGAAAAGAAAACCAAAAAGAAGGCUUCCAAAGCAGACCAAUCCGCGCCGACCACGAAGGUUCCGGAUAAUUUCAUCGAAAAAGCGCUCUGGUUCGAUGAGUCCCCGGAUGAGGGUCGUUUCGCACGGACCAACACACAUCUGAAGCCGAACACGAUUCUGUUGCUGGAACGUCCGCACGUGUCGGUACUGCUGGAAGACUACAGCUUGGAUCACUGUACGCACUGCUUCAAGCGUGUCUCGGUACCGAUCGCCUGUCCGCUGUGUGCCGACGUCGUGUUCUGUUCGGACGAGUGUGAGACGAAGGCAAAUGCCACCUACCACCGGUAUGAGUGUGGCUUCCUGCCGAUUCUGUGGGGCUCCGGAGCAUCCAUCACGUGUCACAUGGCGCUGCGAAUGAUCACGCAAAAGUCGGAGGAAUAUUUCCUGAAGCUCAAGCCGGAACUGGCCGGGCUGACUAACGAGCAGAUUGAUAAAUUGCCAGUCGACGAUUACCGCAAGGUGUACAAACUGGUCACCCACGAGUCAACCCGUUCGCCGGAGGAUUUCUUCCAGCGCACGCUAAUGGCAACGCUACUAAACGCGUGUCUUACUUUGGGCGGGUACGGGGCCUGUCCGCAGGAGCAAAACUUCAUCGGUGGCCUGCUGGUGCACAAUCUCCAGCUGCUCCAGUUUAACGCUCACGAGGUGUCGGAAAUGAUACGCGAAACGGCGGAAGACAUCGGAAAAUCAACGUUCAUCGGCGGUGGCCUCUACCCGACACUAGCCCUCUUCAAUCACUCCUGCGAUCCGGGCGUCACCCGGUACUACCGGGGCAAUCAGGUGUGCGUGCGGACGGUGAAAAACAUCCCGGCCGACUCGAUGGUGGCGGAAAACUAUGGCCCACUGUUUACGCAGGUCCGGCGGGACGAGCGGCGCGACACACUCCUGCACCAGUACCGCUUCACGUGCCAGUGUGUGCCGUGCGUGGAAAACUGGCCCCUGUUUACCGAGAUGGAUCCGGGCGUGAUACGGUUCCGGUGCGACAGUGGCAAGAUCUGCUCCAAUGUGCUGCUCAUACCGGCGGCGGUGAACGAUUUCAUGGUCAAGUGUACGGAGUGUGGCGAGCAUACGAACAUUAUGAAGGGGUUGAAGUCGCUCCAGGACACGGAUAUGCUGUUCAAGACCGCCACCCGGUUGCACUCGGCCGGGGAGUACGAGGCGGCACUGCGCAAGUACGUCGAGAUGAUGGAAACGAUGAGCGAGGUGCUGGUGCCGCCGUACCGGGACUACCAUCUGUGCCAGCAGGGGCUGCGGGCGUGCAUGCUCGAGUUUGGCAAUCGGUUCACUAGAGCGGUGGCAAAAAAGUGAAAACAUCGUGGCGCACGGCGCUGCGGAAGACAUUUUGCUGCUAGGCGAAGCGGUUUCUUUUUCUCAUUUAGCGAUGUUUUUGUUCACAUAACGUUUUCUCUUUCGGUUUUAAUAAAAAACGAUACGUUCACAAU